GAUUACAUGUCGCUUAUCAAACCAUAUGAGAAUCGAAUCCCAAGUCUCUCCCACUCGUGUUCAACAAUCUCUCCACGAUUCCAUGUGCUCGUCCUACGUACAAGGUGAUUGUGGAGAAAGCUGACAGGAGUGACAUUCCACACGAUUAUAAGACUUAAGAGGAAAAUUAGGGUUGUGCAAGAAAUCAAACCAAACUGAUUUAGUGGACUAAACCACAAGUGUUUAAGAAGGCUUUGCUAUCUUGCGCUAGCAUUUGAGGACCAUCAAGAGCAUUUUUUUUGGCCCGAAACGUUUCAUCCAGUUUCCGAAUGGGGAAAAAUGAGUUUCUCACACCUAAAGCAAUUGCCAAUCGAAUCAAAGCAAAAGGACUACAGAAACUUAGGUGGUAUUGCCAAAUGUGCCAGGAACAAUGCCGAGAUGAGAAUGGGUUUAAAUGCCACUGCAUGAGUGAAGGGCACCAGUGUCAAAUGCAAGUUUUAGGACAAAACCCAAAUCAGAUAAUUGAGGGCUAUUCUGAAGAGUUUGAGAGCGCUUUUCUUGAGCACGUGAAGCGCAGCCACCGAUUCAGCCGUGUUGCUGCCACUGUAGCUUAUAAUGAAUACAUAAAUGAUAGAGACCACCUUCAUAUGAACUCCACUCAAUGGGCCAGGCUUACUGAGUUUGUAAAGUACUUGGGUCGAACUGGCCAGUGUAAGGUUGAAGAAACACCCAAGGGAUGGUUCAUUACAUAUAUAGAUAGAGAUUCAGAAACCCUUUUCAAGGAGAGGAUGAAGAAUAAGAGAAUUAAAGCAGAUAUGGUGGACGAAGAAAAGCAAGAGAAUGAGAUCAUGAAACAGAUUGAAAAGGCUGAGCAAUUGAUACCUACUCCCGAGUCUGAUCAGCCUUCACAUGUUGAUCAUCCGAGGGAAUUAAAUGUUGAAGAUGGAGUUAAGAUAGGAUUUUCUCUUGGGUCAUCGGUUAGACUUGUGACCAAAGAAAAGAGUGAAGCAUCGAGGGUGGUGGCGUUUGAUGAUGAAGAGAAAUAUGAGGAAAGGAAUCCUAGAAACUAUUUGAAGAGGAAAGAAAGUGGUGGAGGAAAAUCAACUUUGGAUGAAAUGAUGAAGGAUGAAGAGAAGAAAAAGGAAAAAAUUAACAGGAAGGAUUAUUGGUUGCACGAGGGAAUUGUUGUUAAGGUUAUGAGCAAAGUCUUGACUAAGAAGGGAUACUACGAGGAAAAGGGUGUUGUGCAGAAGGUGAUUGACAAGUAUGUUGGGGAAAUACUAAUGCUUGAAAGCAAGCAUGUGCUCAGAGUUGAUCAGGCAGAGCUUGAAACUGUGAUUCCACAAGUUGGGGGCCGUGUAAAAAUAGUAAAUGGGGCAUAUCGUGGAUCAAUUGCCAGGCUGUUGAGUGUUGGGUGUGGAUACAGAUCUUUUUUGUGCUAAGGUGCUGAUAGAAAAAGGUCCCUAUGAUGGCAGGGUACUUAAAGCUAUGGAAUAUGAGGACAUCUGUAAAGUAACGUGAUUGCUGCCCAAUUUGCACCCAGUUAUGAGAUCUCAACCAUCCAUGUUCUGCCAAUGAUAAUAUAUUAUUCUUCUUUAUGUGAUUUUGACACGGUUCCUCCCAUUAAGUUGUACACAAGGAAAAGGUAUCUGAGUUUGGUAGAACUUGCUGUCUCAGCAAUUGGUUUGUUAGAAAAGAAUAUUCCACAAGUGGUUGAGCUGGAAACAGUUAAGAGACUUGGAGGGAAAUGGGUAGAACGCUUGAAUAAGUAGUGGGAGGGAGGGAUCGCAUGGGGUAUCUGGAACCUUGGAUUUGGGCUGGAAACUCGGAGAGACUGGAGCUGCAUUUGGUUCCCUUGAUAAUGAUGUAAAAUAAAGGAAAUUGUUUGAAUUCAAUUAUGGGUUUUCUUGACACUGGAAUUAUUAGGGAGCUGGACAUUGGUAGGUAGGGGAUGAGGGUAUGCUGAAGUGGCCCUUAUUCUCCAUUUCAUGUAAAUAGAAAGGCCAUCUAAUAGGAACCACUAUUGCUUGUAAUUAUGGGAGAAUUAAACUGCAUUCAUUUGAGUAUUGUAGAGUGCACAUGUACUUUUUCUUCAUUUUUUAUUGGCUAA